CGCAAUGCUCUUCUCCAAGCUUGAUUGCUCCUUCCCUGCCUACUUCUACACUCAGCCCAUGGCUACUGGACCUGGCUUCUACGACAACUUGUGCCCCCAGUCCUGGCAGGAUGGCUCCGCUGCCACCUUCACCCUCCAGGAUCCCCACCAGCAGACCUUUGACUGCCCGGGCAACUAAAUUAGUUCUAGAGGAUCGAGCAAGAAGCUAUGUUGGCUUAAUGAAAUGACUGAGAAGU